AUGUCAUCCAUCCUAACCACCCUCGGCCUCCAAGCCACCGCCAACGAACCUAUCCCCAACAACGCCGUCGCCUACCUCAUCGGCAACUGGUUCUUCGCGCACGGGGUGCUGAGCACCCGACCCGCCAAGCGACUCCUCCGCCUAGACCACAACGUGGCGCCGCGCGAAGACCUCACCACCUACGGCGAGGCCGCCGUGCAAGCGGGCAAAAUCACCCGCCGACAAUUAAACCGACUGAAGCGCCAGGAAGCCGCGCAUGCGAAUGCCAUCGAGGGGUUUCCACUUUUUGUGGCGGCGAUGCUGGUGGCAUUACAUACCGACUUACCGAACGACACAAUCAAUGGGAUUGGCGCGUGGUAUACGGUAUCGCGGGUGGCGUUUGGAUUAGCGUAUGUGUUGAUUGAAUCGGAGGGGUGGAGCUUUUUGCGGUCGGUGUUGUGGUGGUCGGGGAAUGUGAGUUGUAUUACGGCGUUGGUGGUGGGCGGGAGGAAGUUGUGA